AUGCAACCUCUUACAAAAAGUUUAAGUCAACCACGUAGUACAACGGAUUCGGUAACCAAUAUUCCUGCUUUAAAAUGUGGUUGGCUUUAUAAAAGAGGUGAACAUAUAAAAACUUGGCGCCCACGUUAUUUUAUACUUCGUCAUGAUGGUCAAUUAUACGGUUAUCGUAAAGCUCCCGCUAUAAAUGAUGCACAAGAAGAAGAACCUCUUAAUAAAUUUCAAGUAAUUGAUUGUAGUGUUGUACGUCAAGAUAAAAUAAAACAACAUGCAUUUGUUAUACAUUUUAAUCAAGUUAAAAUCGAUCGAUUAUUUGCUGCUAGCAAUCAACAAGAUCGUGAAGAAUGGAUAACUGCAAUUGACCUGAUUAAUCAACAAACAUCUCCUCAAUUACAACCACAAGUAUCAUUAAAACGUAAUAUUAAAAUGGUUACAAAUGAUGAAGUUGAUAUUACAGACAAUGAAUAUCCUUUAAUGAACGAAAUAUUUACACGAAGACCGCAAAUAAAUGAUUUUGAAUAUUUAAAAAUUCUUGGCCGUGGUACAUUUGGAAAAGUUGUUCUAUGUCGAGAAAGAACAACACAACGAAUAUUUGCAAUGAAAAUGUUACGAAAAAGUUUGGUUAUUACAAAUAAUGAAAUUGUACAUACAAUGGAUGAAAAUAAAAUUCUUCGACGUAUUCGUCAUCCAUUUAUUACGAAUUUAAUUUGUGCAUUUACAACAAGUGAUCGUCUUUGUCUUGUUAUGGAAUGUGUUAAUGGCGGUGAACUUUUCUUUCAUUUAAAUCGUGAAAAACGUUUCUCAGAAGAACGUACAAGAUUUUAUGUUUCUGAAAUAGCAUGUGUUAUUGGAUAUCUUCAUUCAAGAAAAAUUAUUUAUCGUGAUAUUAAAUUGGAAAAUAUUUUACUCGAUCGUUUUGGUCAUAUUAAAUUAGUUGAUUUUGGUUUAUGUAAAACAAAUGUACCAUUUGGACAAACAACAGUUACAUUUUGUGGUACACCACAAUAUAUUGCACCUGAGAUUCUUCGAAUGUCAUCAUAUACAAAUGCUAUAGAUUGGUGGGGCGUUGGCGUUGUUAUGUAUGAAUGUCUUGUCGGUCGAUUACCAUUUGCUGAUAGUAGAAGUCAAGAUGGUCUUUUUCAAAAAAUUCUUACACAUGAACCAAAUUAUCCAGCUAUUUUAUCACCAGUAGCAAGUGAUUUAAUAAAACGUUUUCUAAAAAAAGAACCAACUGAACGUAUUGGUUCUGGUAUUGAAGAUGUUGUUGAAGUUGAACGACAUCCGUUCUUUGCUGGUAUUCCAUUUCAAUUCUAUGAACAAAAAAAAAUUGAACCAACUUUUAAACCAGAACUUGAUUCGGAUACAGAUACACGUUAUUUUGAUACUGAAUUUACUAAUGAACCAGUUUGUGUAACACCACCAGGUAGUACUGAAUCUUUAAAUGGUCUUGGUCUUACAGAUGAUGCAUUUGAACGUUUUACUUAUGUUGGUAAUGAUGCAUUAAGUCAUUUUGCUUCUCGAUCAAUUUUAUCAAUGGCAUCAUCUUAUGCUGCUCGUUCAAAAUCGAAUAUUUAUCUUGAUGAUCCUGAUUUUUAUCAACAACAACAUCAUAAUGGUUAUAAUUUAUCAACACAAUAUUCUGUUUCAACAAUGAAUAUGCCAUCAAUGAUUUCUGCUGCAUCAUCUAUUCCACCACCAUCAUCAAUAUUAAAAAGUGCUACAAGUAUGCAACAAUUAAAAGAUUCAAAUAUUAAUAAAAUACCUAAUCGAGCAUGGAAUGUAUCCGAACAACAAAAUAUGAGUAUGGAUCGUGAUCAAUCAACAUUAUCAAUACCGGAUAUUUAUGAACAACAAUUAAUGAAUGAACGUCUUAUGUGUAUACAACAAAUGAUGGCUAGUGGACAAAAUUUUACUUCAAUGUUUAAUGAUGAUCCAGUUUUUGCACAACAAAUAAUGUCUUAUAUGUCAUCCGGUGAUCAUUAUCAACAAGAAGGUGAACAACAAAUGGAACAAUAG